AUGAUGGGACAUAUAUUAUGGCCCGAUCAAUACAAAUUACAACAUUUAGUCAUCGAUAGUUGUAUCUAUGGCGAAUACCUUGAUAUUCUUCAAAAAUUACCCUAUUUACAAACACUCGUCAUGCGAAAUUGUACUAUCGAUGAUACACAUAGUACACUAUUAUUAUUAUCUAAAUUCAAAACUCUUUCUUCAUUAAUAUCACUAACCAUUAGUAAUUGCUCAUUUAGUCUAAAAAAUCUUACAUUACUACUUUCACCAAUACCUACACUUCUUCAUCUCAAACUGAUUUCUCAUCGAGGAAUACUUGAUUCAUUUUUUCAUGGUUCUCGUUUAGAAGAAUUAAUUCGAGCAAAAGCACCGACACUAGUUCGAUUUGAAUUUUUUCUCUCGUAUAACUAUCAAGAAAACGAUCGAUUCAUCAGUCUUGAAUCUUUAAUGGAUCCUUUUCGUACACCUUUCUGGCUUAAUGAUAAACGAUGGUUUGUAACAUGUGCUUAUGUUCCGAAAGGAUCUACCAUCUGGCUCCAUACAACACCAAUUAGAGAUUGUGGGAUCGAAAGAUUAGUGAGAUGUGAGGUAUCAUGGAUAGACAACCAAUGCCGUCUGACACAACGAUCAAUUGAUGAAAUAAUUGAUAAUACUGAUGAUGUGACACUCACGACAUUCGGUCUCUACUACAAUCAAAUCGGCGAUAGUGGGGCACAAUAUUUAGUUGAUAUUCUACAACAAAAUACAACACUUAGUAUACUAAAUCUCAAGGAUAAUCAAAUUGGACAUGAAGGAGCAAAACGUCUUGCUGAAGCUCUACGAACGAACACAACAAUCAAGGAGAUUCAGCUUUGGAAUAAUGCUAUCUUAUCAUCAAUAUUGGAUCAAUUGAAAAAACUUGACAGUCGUCUUAAAUUUUAA